AUGUCAGAACAACAAUUUAAACCUGUAACAGUUGAUAAGCCGAUCCCAAAUACCUAUGAUUUGGGUAAUUUGGCUACAUUUGACCCAAACCCUUUGGACAACGAUAAAUUAAAAGAUGAAUCUCAGAAAGAGGAAUACUUAACAUCUGUCACUAGAGACAACGUACAAUUAUUGAUCAACCAAAUAUUAUCUUUACCUGUCAAGACUACUACUGAUAGUCAAGGGUCUUCUACUGGACAGAAUUCAACCAUGACAUUGAUUCAAUUACCUGAUCCAACUACCCAGUUACCAAGAGAAAAGGCUAUUCCAAAAACUAAAGCACCUACAAAAUGGGAACAAUUUGCUGCCAGGAAAGGUAUCAAAGCUAAGGCCAAGGAUGGUAAGAUGGUGUUCGAUGAAGCAACUGGUGAAUGGGUUCCUAAGUGGGGAUACAAGGGUAAGAAUAAGGAACUUGAUGACCAAUGGUUAGUGGAAGUUGAUGAUAAGGUUAAGGGAACCGAGGAUGAGUUAAUUGAUCCAAGAACCUUGAACCGUGCAGAAAGAAAGAGAUUAGUCAAGAAGAAUGAAUUACAACAUAAGCGUAACUUAAAAAAUCAAUCUUAA